UCCGAGAAAAUCUGAGAACACAACACAAACACAAGAAUCAACACUCACUUCCUCAUAUUCACAUCACUUUGUUUCUCUCUUUUUCUGGGUCUGUUAGGGUUUUCCAAUUUCCAUGGCAGAGGUUAUUAACAUGCCCCCUGAUUCUCUCGACAAAUCUCCAUCCUCUUCCGCUCCCCCUCCUCCUCCUCCUCCGCCGCCACUUCCUUCUUCUUCCGCCGUCGAUGACGAUCUCCCUCCGCCGCCGCAUUCCUCGUUCCGGAGGAGGGACAGGGAUUCCAGGGACAGGAGGGACGAUAGGGAUUACGAUCGACCUCCGAACCGCCGCGGAGGAGGCGGCGCCGAUUACUACGACAGAGACAGGAACAUGUCGCCGCCACCGCCCCCGCCGAGGGACAGAGACAGAGACCGGGACUUCAAGCGCCGCCGCAGCCCGAGCCCUUCCCAUCGCGACCGGCGUUAUUCUCCAGCGUUGCGGCGCUCGCCUCCGCCUUACAAGCGGCCUAGGAGGGGCAGUCCACGCGGCGGUUACGGACCCGAUGACAGCAGACUUGGAUAUGAUUAUUAUGGCGGUUACGAUCGGGGAGUGGGUGGACGACUUGGUUAUGUAGAUGAGAAGUCUUAUGGCAGGUUUGGACAUCGUUCUGCAGGGGGAUAUCAAAAUGGGAUUUCUGAUAUGGAACCCAAUCGUGGUUAUUCAGACUUGCCAAGUGGCGGUGCACAAAGAGAGGGGUUGAUGUCCUAUAAGCAAUUCAUUCAGGAGCUUGAGGAUGAUAUUCUACCGGCUGAAGCAGAACGUAGGUAUCAAGAAUACAAAUCAGAAUACAUUUCUACCCAAAAACAAGCUUAUUUUAAUGCUCACAAGGAUGAGGAGUGGUUGAAAGAUAAAUAUCAUCCAACAAAUUUGCUUACAGUCAUUGAAAGGAGGAAUGAAAGUGCUCGCCAGCUGGCAAAGGAUUUUUUGCUUGAUCUGCAGAGUGGAACAUUAGACCUAAAUCCCGGAUUAAAUACCUCUUCAUCCAGCAAAUCAGGGCAAGCUAGCGAGCCAAAUUCAGAGGAGGAACCAGACACUGGAGGUAAACGAAGAAGACAUGGUAGGGGAUCUAAUAAAGAAAAUGAUUUCUCAGCUGCUCCAAAGUCUCACCCUAUCAGUUCUGAACCCAGACGAAUACAAGCAGAUAUUCAACAGGCUCAGGCCCUUGUACGUAAACUUGACUUAGAAAAGGGGAUUGAAGAUAAUAUUUUAUCCAGCAGUGAUCACAGCAAAAAUGAUGAUAAGACUCAUAGUGGAUCUGUGGGUCCUAUAAUAAUUAUACGAGGCCUAACAUCUGUUAAGGGUUUAGAGGGUGUUGAGCUUCUGGACACACUUAUUACAUAUCUUUGGCGGAUUCAUGGUGUAGAUUAUUAUGGCAUGAUUGAGACUAGUGAGGCUAAGGGUUUUAGGCAUGUGAGAGCAGAAGGAACAGGGCAUGAAGAAAAAGGUAAAUCAGGGUUUGAAUGGGAGAAGAAACUUGACUCAUUUUGGCAGGGAAGGCUGAAUGGUCAGGAUCCCUUGGAAGUAAUGACUGCCAAGGAGAAGAUAGAUGCUGCAGCAGCUGAAGUGUUGGAUCCAUAUGUUAGAAAAAUUAGGGAUGAAAAGUAUGGAUGGAAGUAUGGUUGUGGAGCUAAGGGCUGCACAAAGCUUUUUCAUGCUGCUGAAUUUGUGUACAAACAUCUGAAGCUAAAACACCCAGAGCUUGUUAUUGAUCAAACUUCAAAACUACGUGAGGAUCUCUAUUUUCAAAAUUACAUGAAUGAUCCAGAUUCUCCUGGUGCAACGCCUGUCAUGCAGCAACCUCAGAAGGACAGGCCUUUAAAACGAAGAUUAGGUCUUGAGGGUCGAUUGAGAGAUGAUCGUGGUAAUCGGCGAGAUCAUGAUCGGAGUGACAGAAUAAACGAUGGAGAUAGGACUGAGAAUUCCCCAUCUCGUGAAAGGCAUUCUAAAGCACUUGAGAUGGGAAACCAUGAUGAAACAAUGUAUGACACUUAUGCAGGGCCAGGUGUACCUCCAUUUGCCUCAGAUAUGCCCCCUCCUCCACCAGUGUUGAUGCCUGUACCUGGUGCUGGGCCUUUAGGACCCUUUGUUCCUGCUCCACCAGAAGUUGCAAUGCAGAUGCUAAGAGAGCAAGGAGGACCAUCUUCAUAUGAGGCCUCUGGAAGAAAGAUGCGGUCAGGUCCUCAUAUGGGUGGACCAGCACCAAUAAUUGCUGUUCCUCCAGCUUUUAGACCAGAUCCUCGGCGUAUGCGAAGUUAUCAAGAUCUGGAUGCCCCAGAGGACGAGGUCACUGUGAUAGAUUAUCGGAGUUUGUAGGUGUCAUUGGGGUGGCUGGUUUUCAAUAAAUUCAAUGAGAUUGAAUGGGUGGGCAACCAGCGAACUUGAAAGAUGUUCCUGUCAAUAUUUUGCAGGGGUUAAGGCUCUAUAUUCUUCUCUGAAUUUGGAGAAUCUUAUUAUUCUUAUUUGCGGAAAUUUGUCCUGGGGAAUAGACUUUAAUAUUGUACUAGAGUUUAGACUGAUGACAUGCAUACCUUUGCACCAUUUUUAAAAUUUUUUCCCGUUUCCAUCCAGAUUUAUAUUUUCUAUGGAUUAAUAGUUUGUAUGCUAAUAAUAUUUAUAUGU